UAACAGCUCGAGCUUCCCUAGGCGGUACCACUCUAUUCUCCAGAGGAAUCUUUUGUCUUUCAGGCCAUGUAUGGAAAGUUUCUUGCUUCACUGUCGUUGGAGCAUGACAAUACAAUAGUUUCCCAUUCAUAUAGUCUUUUAAAACAUACCUUGCUGCCCUGGCAUUGUCUGGCUGCCCAUUUGCAGUCAUAAAACCUCGAUUAUAUGCAUAAGCAUUUAACAAUUCCUCAGCAGUGGGGCUUCUAUCAGGAUCUUCACCUUCUAAAGGUUUAGGCAACAUAAUUCCAUAUUUAUCCUCAACGACAUGCCUUGGAAUAAGUUUGGUCACCAAGUUAACUGGCGGUACGUGAUCUCUCAUUUGAUCUAUGGGCAAAAUUCCAUUCAAAAUCAUUUCUGCUUUGGUAAAAACGAAACUGGGCAUAACUAAACCAGGGCAAUCGCAUAAUAGAAUGUCUUUGUCAAGGUAUAAAGUUUGGAAAUGUUUUGUUUUGCCUGGUGUAGCUGAAACUGAAACUUUUUUGGCUAACAUUAGGGAAUUUAUUGUGGAGCUUUUGCCUACAUUUGGGUAUCCAACUAAGCCAAUUGUAGUGAUGCCUUCAGUAACUUUAGGACCUUUAUGUAUUAUUUUAAAAAGAUCUAUCAGCUCAUCUCUAGUCAAAAUUUCUGAAGAAUUUCUAUCCAUCAAAUUGCCAACUUCCUCUCGUAAAUUUGAAUUUCCAAUUAAACAAUCAAUUUUAUUUAUAAUUGUUUCUAAAGCAUCAGCAUUUUGUUCAACUGAUUCAGCCAAAUCUGAAAUAUUUUCCUUAAUUUUGUUUAUAUCAGUUUCUUCUUCUUCUUCCUCAAUUGUUUUUUCUGAUUGUUCCAUUGCCGAAUAAAACACUGCCUUGAGGCCCAAAUUUUGAAAAUAUUCUGCCCAAUAUUGCCGUUGAGCUUCAGUUAAAAAAUCAGCCUUGUUUACUAAAAUCAGGUUUGUCUUAUUUUGUGAUACUUCUUUGACAUAUUUUUCCAAAUCUUCACAACGAAACAAUAAUGGGUUUCUUCCGUCAACUAUUUGGACUACAACGUCACUUCUUUCAACAACUCUCCACAAUUGCCUCCAAAAUUCCAAAUUCUUCUCAUAUGGGGUUAAUAAUAGUCCUUCGUCUUCUUGCAAAUUUGCCAAUGAUCGUCGCCAUUCUAGAAAACAGUCUUUUUCAUUUCUAUCUAGCUCUGAAGGUGACAUGUCUGUGGUCCACGGAGGCCUUCUAGGAAUUUUCAGUGACUCCUUGAAUUUCUCAUGGGCAUCACUGGUUUUUUUCAUUUCAUCUUCCGUCAAUAGUCCGACAUUGGAACGUGGAUUGAUGAAUCUGAUGUUUAACUUUUCAGCUUGAAAUUCAGUACCAGCUAGUUCAGCAGUGGAAAGGAAUUCUUGAAACGACGAUUCUUCAGUUACAGAUUGUAAAUUUAGUCGGCCCCAUUCGUAGCCGUCUGCUAGUUCAGUUGUGUGAAGCUAGGGAUCGAAGAUGAUUAUUAUUAAAUCAACUUAUUGGUAAUUAUUGCACAAUAACUUACCAUAGAAUUGUUGGACACCAUUUUCUUGCCUCGAUUACUUCCGAACCUGUCUUUGAUUAGGGAGCGCCCCAAAGAGGGGCCUCCUGAUUGGGCCCCUUUACUUUUUUUACCCAUGUGUUAACUGUUAAAAGACGAGACGAGCAAAAUGAACACAAAAAAAGGGUGGUUAGAAUUAAAAUUCAAGUAGGGUGACGUCACACGUUUAUUUCAUUUUCCCGAAUGCGAAAGUCUGACAACGUUGAAGUGUCAAUCAAAAUAAAUGUCAUUUUUUUUGUCAUGUGUACUGUCAAUGUCAAAAAAAAAAUGACAAAAGCCUAGAAAGCGUGUGCCCUGUUGUUGUGAUUAAAAUUAAAGAAAUAAUCCAAAUAAAAACUUAAAAGGCUUUUAAAAUAAUAGAAUAACUGUAAUAGACACUCAUUUUCAAUAUUUUCGGGCGCGUAUUCAACCGUAUUAAUUUAAAAUGAUGGAAUUUUCGCAACCACCGCCUAAUCUGGCGAUACCGCCUAAUCUAGCAAUGCCGCCUCCCAAUAUGUCGGGGCCCCCGCCGAACGUGGGGAUGCAGAUGCAACAUAAUAUGGGUGGUUUCAACCAGAACAGACAACCAUUCCGACCUUUCAUGAAACCAUUGCCAGGCCCCUUAGGAAACAUGACUCUAGAAGAUUUCGAUGGAAAACGACUCAGAAAAUCUGUCAUGAGAAAAACUGUUGACUAUAAUGCGGCGGUUAUUAAAGAACUAGAAAAUCGGAUUUGGCAAAGAGACUACAGAGACCGAAGAGUAUUACAACCAGAUUGCAUGUACACACCAGACCUUAUGCCUCCUCCGUCGUAUCAAGAUAAUCCUAUAAAUUGCGUCACUACUAGAUUUGUGAAAACUGCAACAAAUAAAAUGAGGUGCCCUAUAUUUUGUAUGGCAUGGACUCCUGAGGGUCGAAGAUUAGUUACUGGAGCUAGUUCAGGAGAAUUUACUUUGUGGAACGGAUUAACGUUUAAUUUUGAAACUAUAUUGCAAGCUCACGAUAGUCCAGUCCGAACAAUGGUUUGGAGUCACAAUGACAGUUGGAUGGUAACUGGAGAUCAUGCGGGCUACGUGAAGUACUGGCAAUCCAACAUGAACAACGUUAAAGUGUUCCAGGCACACAAAGAGGCUCUGCGCGGUAUAAGCUUCAGUCCUUCCGACAACAAGUUCGUAACGUGCUCUGACGACGGUACUCUACGGAUAUGGGACUUUCUACGGUAUCAGGAAGAGCGCAUGCUCAGAGGUCACGGUGCUGAUGUUAAAUGUGUCCAUUGGCACCCACAAAAAGGCCUUAUCGUGUCUGGCAGCAAAGACAACCAACAGCCAAUCAAAUUGUGGGAUCCUAAAACGGGCCAAUCACUUGCGACACUUCACGCCCACAAAUCCACAGUUAUGGACCUUAAAUGGAACGCCAACGGAAACUGGCUAAUAACAGCUUCCAGAGACCACCUACUGAAACUGUUCGAUCUUAGAAAUCUAAGCCAAGAAGUUCAGACUUUUAGAGGUCACAAAAAAGAGGCUUCCAGCGUGGCGUGGCAUCCAGUCCACGAAGGCCUGUUUGCCAGCGGAGGUUCAGAUGGCGCAAUUGUAUUUUGGCACGUUGGCGCUGACAAAGAAGUGGGAUCAAUAGAGCAAGCUCACGACAGUAUUGUGUGGACCUUAGCCUGGCAUCCUUUGGGGCAUAUAUUGUGUUCUGGGUCCAAUGAUCAUACUAGCAAAUUUUGGACCAGGAAUCGACCUGGAGACUUGAUGAGGGAUAAAUAUAAUCUUAACUUGCAACCAGCUGGAAUAGCUGGGUUUGAAGAAGCUGAUAUAGGGGAUGAACUAAAUGCAGUUAUCCCAGGCAUGGGUCUCGAAGACAAAGUAGACCUAACAUCCUUAAUCUGCGACGAAAACACAGCCAUUCCUGGCCUGGACUUAGAUUCUGGUUUACUAACAAACGAGGACAAAUCUAAGCCGAAGAAAGUGCCUUUUAGUAAGCCUAUUCCGAGAAAUUUCCAAGCGCAAUGGAACGAUACUGCCGGCCCAGAAAAAGUUCCUGGAGUGGUACCUUUGGAAAAAAUCGCCCCAAAUGCCAUCAUAAUUUAUGGCAAACUAAUUCCUGUUGAGAGUGGUUCUAAGUUGGAAAAAGCUAUUUCGGAAGGUCCCGAAUCUUUACAAAAAUACAUAGACUCUGGAGCUAUAGAGGAACUUCACGAUGUCAUGCCUAUAAGAGAUCCAGACGAAGAAGAGUAUUUGAAAGACACUAACCAUGACGAAAUUGAAAAAAUGCUAAACGUCAGCGCUAGUGCCAUCAGCCAAGAAGAUUUGGACGAUAGCAGCACCAAUCAGUUUAUGGAUGAAGAGAUGACGUCUAUGGAUCACGAUAUGAGAGUUUUCAAUCCAAAAGGAGACAGCGAUUUGAGAAUGUUUGGGGAUCAAGAUAUCGAUUUCAGACAAAAUCAUGGUGCUAGUGAUGAUUUUGAUAUGAGAAAUCGAUCACCACUAGGCCAAUUCAAUGCACCACAUAAUCGUCCAAUGGAUAAUAAUUCAAUGAGAUCUGGGCCAAUGGGAAAUAGAAAUUUCCCAAAUAACGGUCCAUUGAAUUUUGUAGCUCCCUCACGGUCUCAGAGGAACUAUGACGAAUAUGGCGAUGAAGAUUAUCGUGAUAAUUCUGGUCCGCCAGAAUAUGAUGAUUAUGGUGAAAAUAAUUACAAUAAUGAUGAUUACUAUGAAGAGGAACGUCAAAAUUCUAACUGGCAAAGAAACGGGAAUAAUUUCCGUGGUGGCGGUAGGGGUAGUUUUAAUAAUCAGAGAGACGAUUGGAAUGAUGAUUUUCGUAUGAGAAAUAGAGGAAGGGGUGGGUCUCCUAGAAGUAGUCGGAGUGGUAAAAGAAACAGAGGAGGUGGUAGACCACGAGGUAAUCGCAGUGGCCGAGGCGGAUCGUGAUUAUUGUGUGAUAAAUAACAAUAAUUGUUGUGUCUAAAAUAUUGAUAGCUUUUUUUUUUGGGUAAUUGAUUGUUCAAACCACAGUCUCGAAAAUAAAUCACUAAAUAUUGUGGUUUCAUGGAACCCCAUUUUAUGAAGUUUUAAACUGUAAUUGUAAUUUUUUUUCUAAUUAAUAAAAAUUG